CCAUCUUUGCUCAUUCUUCUUCACAGAGAUCUUCUACCCUCCAAAACACUCACCAGUCUCAGCCAUCUAAGCAACCACAGCUCAUCACCAGCAAAGCAAGUCAUCAUGCCCGACGACUUCACCUACAAGAGCUCCGGCACCAACAGCCAAGGCAACCAUUACUGCGCUCGAGACUACGGCAGCAGUGCCACCAAUUCCAACUCGUACCACUACUCCAACUCCGAUGGAUCGUACUACUACUCAAACCCCAAUGGCAGUACCUACUACAACAACGGCCAGGGUGACUCGACCUACACUUCUCCCAGCGGAUACACCUACACCUCCUCUUCUGACAGCAAGAAGUGA